GGAAGCUGCUCUCCGAGGCGGAGAAGCGGCCCUACAUCGACGAAGCCAAGCGACUGCGGGCACAGCACAUGAAGGAGCAUCCUGACUACAAGUACAGGCCCCGGCGCAAGCCCAAGAACCUGCUCAAGAAGGACAGGUAUGUCUUCCCUUUGCCUUACCUCGGGGAAACCGAUCCCUUAAAGGCUGCCGGGCUUCCCGUGGGGGCCACUGACUCUCUGCUGAGCUCCCCGGAGAAGGCCAGGGCUUUCCUGCCCCCCACCUCAGCACCUUACUCCUUACUUGACCCCAGCCAGUUCAGCUCCAGCGCCAUCCAGAAGAUGACUGAGGUUCCUCACACCUUAGCCACCAGCACCCUGCCCUACGCCUCCACCUUGGGAUACCAGAAUGGGGCAUUUGGCAGCUUGAGCUGCCCCAGCCAGCACACCCACACCCACCCCUCACCCACCAACCCGGGCUAUGUCGUGCCGUGUAACUGUACCGCUUGGUCGGCUUCCAGUUUGCAACCUCCAGUUGCCUACAUAUUAUUUCCGGGCAUGACCAAGACUGGGAUAGACCCUUAUUCUUCAGCACACGCAACUGCCAUGUAACACCCAUCCCCCCACAGGCGUGUGUCCCCCUCCCCACCACCACCCCCCGGGUGGCAGCUGGAACUGGGAGUCCAUCGUGUGCAUGU